UUCAUUACAUAUUCCAUUUCUGUGUUUUAGGUCAUCAAAUUUCCCUACAGUUUCAAAGUCCUCGGAAAGUGCAUCUUCAUCUCUCUCUGCAAAAAAAAGUUCAUGGAGGAUAACAAAAAAAGAUCAAUCAAUGCACAAAAUUGUUUUCGAGGAUGGUGGAUUGCCUGAUGGAACUGAAGUAGCUUAUUAUUCUCAUGGAAAGAAAUUACGUGAUGGUUAUAAAAUGGGGUCAGGAAUACGUUGUCGUUGCUGCAAUAAUUUGAUGAGUCCAUCUCAGUUUGAAGCUCAUGCUGGUUGGGCAUCACGCAAAAAGCCCUACAUGUACAUCUACACAUCUAAUGGGGUGUCUCUCCAUGAAUAUGCCAUAUCUCUAUUGAAAGAUCGCGAGUGUUCUGCUAAAGACAGUGAUGACUUGUGCAUCAUUUGCGCAGAUGGUGGGACACUUUUGCUUUGUGAUGGAUGUCCAAGGGCCUUUCACAAAGUGGAUGAGGGAAGCCGUAGUAUUUGAAAGAAGAAUCUAACCCACUGUUAGAAGGAAAUCUGCAUCCUGCUUUCAUUUGUUAGAUGAAGACACACUGAAUUGAGAAGUUGAAGUACACCUCCCUUUUGGUGCAUGAGAGAGGUGGGUUUGGAUGCCUGUUUAGAUGAAACAAUAGCACCUACAUUGGAUCUAUGCACGUUUAUAUAUGU